CAGCUCUAAUACCCUGUCUCCCUUGCCUGCAGGCUGCCUGUGUGCCCCUGCCUGCCGGGGGCCCCCCCGUCAUGGCCAUCGUGCAGACUCUGCCAGUGCCCCUUGAGGCUGCUGCUGAGGGAGCCACACAGCUCCGUGCCGCUGCCUGCUCGCCCCCUGCCACCAUGGGCAGUGUGGGCAGCCUCCUGCCCGUCCGGCCUCGCCAUGACCACACCAGCCAGCCCUGUGAUGGGGAUCCCUCCACCACCUUCUGCAAGCAGGAGGGGCUGCUCCAGGCCACUCCUGAGGAGCCCCGCGUGUCUGUGCCCAUCGUCACCCACUCCUAUGCCAACGGUGGCUUCUGUGGUGACUGGCUUGAUGCCUCCUCUCCUGCUAGCCCCUGCAGUGACUCAGAUGAGCUCCGUGAUGACCAAGCACCAAGUGAUCACCUUCGAGGGCCGCCCCCCAAGCUCAUCCCCGUCUCUGGCAAGCUGGAAGAGAAUGUGGAGAAAACCCUGAUCCGCCCCAUGGCCUUCAAGCCAGUGGUAUCCAAGCUUCGGAGUGCCCAGCCAGGCACGCGCCUGGGGCUCUCGGAGAGCCAGGUGAGCCUCACCCACUUGCUGGGUGUUGAAAAGCCUGGCUCUCUGAGCUGCCGUGCCAGCACCCUCUCAGACUCUGGGCGCAACUCCCUCUCCAGCCUGCCCACCUACAGCACGGGCUGCAGCCAGCACCCAGAGGUGGGUGCUCUGCCGACCACCCCCCAUGGCCCCCUUGAUCCACCGGUGGGCUGCCGCCCCUCCAACUCGGACAGCGGGCGCUCAUCCUCCAGCAAGAGCACAGGCUCGCUGAGCGGCCGAGGCCGGCCCUCCUCAGAGAGUGGCUCCUGCGGGCGCUCGCCUCUGCCUGGUGAGGAGGCCCUGCUGGUGCGGGAGCUGGAGGAAAAGCUACGGGAGAGGGAGGCCGAGCUGCGGCUCCUGCGUGACAGCCUGGACGAGAACGAGGUGGCCAUUUGCCAGGUGUAUGAGGAGAAGCAGCGUCGGUGUGAGCAGGAGCUGGAAGGGCUGCGGCAGCGCUGUGUGGCCCAGGCGCGGCAGGCAGCCCACGCGGCGCAGCGGGGGCAACAGGUCCUGCAGCUCCAGGUGCUGCAGCUGCAGCAGGAGAAGAAGCAGCUGCAGGAGGACUUGGCCCAGCUUCUGCAGGAGCGGGAGCUGCUGGAGCGGCGCUGCGCCUCCUUCCAGCGGGAGCGCACUGAGCUGGCACCCCGGCUGGAGGAGACCAAGUGGGAGGUGUGCCAGAAGUCGGGAGAGAUCUCUCUGCUGAAGCAGCAGCUGAAGGAGGCGCAGGCGGAGCUGGCACAGCGGGGGUGCCCCCCACCUGGCGAGGGAUGCCCCCCACCCGGCGAGGAGCCUCGGGGCAGUGCGGGGCUGCGGCGGCAGCUGGAGCGGCUGCGUGCGGAGGUGGCCCUGGAGCGGAGGCGUGGACAGGAGCAGCGGGAUGCCUUCGAGCAGGAACGUGGCACGUGGCAGGGUGAGAAAGAGCGGGUCAUCCGCUACCAGAAGCAGCUGCAAUACAGCUACAUCCAGAUGUACCGGCGCAACCGGCGGCUGGAGCAGCGGCUCCAGCAUCUCCGGCUUCAGGGCGAGGACCCUCUGCCCGAACCCUGUGAUCCCCCUGACCCACCCUUUGAGGAGAUCACGGCCACCGAGAUCUGAGAUGCUGCCUGCCUUCACCCCAUGUUUGGAGGGCUAGAGGGGCCUCCAGCCCCUGUGAUUUUGGGAGCUGUUGGGCUGUGGAGGGCCCCUGCUCUCCCCUCAGCUCUGUAGACUGCUGGCACUGUGAAGAGGCAGAGGGGACUGCAGGUGCUGUCCCCUCCCCAGCAUGGAGCUUUUGGGGUGAGGGUGCAUCAGUGCUCACUGCAGUGAGGGGUGCCCGUGAGAUGUGAGGUCAGAUGGGUGCUGAGUCCCGGCCUUGGGGCCGCCCGGAACUGGUUCCUGCUGAUCCUCUUAGUGCCUGGGGAUUAGUGGCGCUGGCUUCAGCCAGGGUCACCUUGGGUAGGGGGAGGGCUGGCUUGUCCCCUCCCUCUCAUCCCUGCUGGCACUGUCACCCAGUCACUUGGCAUGUGCCCUGUCCUUGCCCAUGCCAGCCUCCUUCAUGCCCCUCUGUGUGUUUGUCAGGGAAUUCGUUUCUGUGCCAUUUUAAAUAACUCUAUUUUUAUAGGACCUACCAAAACAUAUCACCCUCUCCCAGCUCACACUCCACCAGUCUGUGCCCCCUCACCCCUGCCACGGGGCAGUUUGCCCUCAGUGCCUUUCCCAUGCCCUUGCCCCCAGAAGCCCUCUGUUUCCUGCCCCCCCAAAAGAGCCCAUGCCCCUGUGAUGCCCAGCCUGCCAGGGGAGAGAGGUGCAAUGUUGCGUGUGCCAGCUGGGGACACUCUGGGGACACCCUCGGGGUGGGCAGAGGGGGGGAGCCCAGCUGGGCACCGAGCAGGGAUCAAACCAAAGGAAAAGUCUGUCUGUGCCCCGCUGUGGCUUGGUCACCCCUGGCUCCAGGGGGGGAUUUUUGUACUUUAUUCUAGUCGUGUCUCGUUCCCAGAGCCUGGCUCGCCCAUGUACCACCCAGAAACGGCGAUUAAAAAACAAGCCCCUGGCUGUGUUUU